AUGGGCACCAACGACGAAAAGUACGUCUUCUACGGCGGAUCACUCGAAGAACCCAUCGAGGCCGGUUGUCGAUCGCUCGGAGAGCUGAUCAUCAAGCGCCUGAAGGAAAACGGCGAUGGGGUGGCAUUCAUCGAUGGCGUUUCGGACGAACGAUUCACGUACGCUGACGUGCUGGAGCGAUCGGUACGCCUUGCGAACCGGUUCCAUCGACUUGGCAUCAAGAAAAACACCGUCGUAGCGGUGAUGUGCGAGAACCGCAUCGAAAUGCCGAUCGUGACGUUCGCAGCGACGUACCUACGCGCAAUCCCGAUCCUUCUGAAUCCAGGUUACACCGCGACCGAGCUGGCUCAUAUCCUAAAGCAGACACAACCACGUGCCAUUUUCGCGUCACCAUUGGCUAUGGCCACACUGCAACCGCUUCUACGAACGGUUCCAUCCGUGAAGCUGGCGGUGCAAUUUGGUGACCAAAAGCCCCAUCCUCGGGUGACGCUGUUCCGCGAGCUGUUUGAUCGAAACCGCGUCCAGUUCGUCACCUUUACGCCACAACCGGUCGAGCUGGGUGAUCAGGUUGGCCUGAUGGUGCUGUCCUCGGGCACUACGGGUCUACCGAAGGCGGUUCAGCUGACGCACCAUAACGUGAUGUGUGUGUUGGCGUAUAUGCGCGAAAACGCGCGCCUUUUCCCGUUCGAACAGAUCGCUCUCGGGUUGCUGCCGUUUUUCCACGUGUACGGUUACAUGGUGCUGAUGCACUCGCUGUUAAACGGUCGCCAGCUGGUGGCGUUGCCACGCUUCGAACCGACGUUGUUCCUUGCGACAGUGCAGAAGUACCGCGUGACGGUGGCCUCACUAGCUCCACCGUUGAUGGUGUUUCUCGCGAAACACCCGCUCGUGGAAAAGUACGAUCUAAGCUCGCUCGUGGUGCUCGGUUGUGGUGCGGCUCCACUCAGCAAGGAGCUUGAACUGGCCGUCCUUCGGAGGCUCCCGAGCGUGCAGAUGAUCCUCGUCGGGUAUGGGCUCAGCGAAACCUCGCUGGGUGUGAUGACGCGCGCGUCCGAUCUUCACGGAAGCGUCGGUAAGGUGAACAAGCUCAGCUGGGUAAAGGUGGUCGACGUCGAGACCGGCCGCACACUGGGUCCUGGCCAGACAGGCGAGAUCUGCGUAAAAGGCCCACUGAUCAUGAAGGGCUACCUUGGCAACGAACGUGCGACUCGUGAGAUGAUCAGCCGGGACGGUUGGUUGCGUACCGGUGACACGGGAUACUUCGAUGAGGACGCCAACUUCUACAUCGUCGAUCGGCUUAAGGACCUCAUCAAGUACAAAGGCUUCCAGGUGCCACCGGCUGAGCUAGAGGCGGUUCUCCUCGAGCAUCCGGCCAUCAAGGAUUGUGCGGUGGUUGGACGACCGGAUCAGGCCGCUGGUCAGCUUCCAGCGGCGUUCGUUGUCCUGCAACCAGGUGCCAGCCUCACGGAGAGUGAAGUGCAGCAGUACGUGGCCGAACGGUUGUCAAAGCAGAAGCACCUGCGAGGAGGUGUUCGCUUUCUCCACGAAAUCCCCAAGACACCGAGCGGUAAGAUACUACGCCGCGAGCUGGUCGCCUUAUUCCCUCGGGCGAAGCUUUAAAUCAGACGGUGGAAAAAACGGGCUACGUCAUGCUGAUAAACGCGCACCCGCAAACAAGGCGCGAUUGUUGGGGCCGGUUGUAUCUGGCACCGAUCGCGAUAAGGCAGCAUCAGCAGGGUCCGCUAAAGCGAUAGUGCCGGGUCAUCGUUUUGUGAGGUGCGGAAUUCUGCAAACGCGACUCAGUGAAACGAGCUACAGACGUGAGGGUUGCCCGUAGAGAAGAUUAGAAACCACGAAGGCUGAUUCGGUAUUCUUUCAUAGCACACGCAUGUAUUAAGUGAAACAUUUGUGGAGGUUGAAUAAAUUAAAUUCUGUUGUUAAAA